AUGUCCUUGGUGGACCUGGGGAAGAGGUUGCUGGAAGCGGCUCGCAAGGGCGAAGAUGACGAAGUGAGAAAGCUGAUGGCGAGCGGGGCGCCGUUCACCACGGACUGGCUGGGGACGUCGCCUCUUCACCUGGCUGCCCAGUAUGGCCACUAUUCGACAGCCGAAGUGCUGCUCCGAGCUGGUGUUAGCAGAGAUGCCCGAACAAAAGUGGACCGGACGCCACUGCACAUGGCUGCGGCUGACGGACACGCUCGCAUUGUGGAGCUGCUAAUUAGGAACGGGGCCGAUGUGAACGCCAAGGACAUGCUGAAAAUGACGGCUCUGCACUGGGCCGCCGAGCACAACCACCGAGACGUCGUGGAGCUGCUCAUCAAGUACGGAGCCGAUGUCCACGCGUUCAGCAAGUUCGAUAAGUCGCCUUUCGAUAUCGCUCUGGACAAGAACAAUCCAGAGACUCUCGUCAUGCUGCAGGAAGCAAUGCAGAACCAGGUAAACGCUCAUCCGGAGCGAACGGAGCCCAUCGCCAACACUGUGACGCUCACCUCACCGCUUAUUCUUGCACCAGGAGAAGUUCUCAGUCUCACGGGUCUCGUCUCUUCAGCAAACGCCAAAACAACCUCAGGUGGCUCCCACGUCUCCACGGUGCAGUUUGCCAACUCGACCACCUCCGUGCUCGCCACGCUUGCGGCCCUCGCCGAAGUAUCGGCACCGCUUUCCGACUCGGGCAGAGACUCAGGUGAGACGGAGGAAACAGCGGAAGCGAGUCCCGUCGAUUCUGCCGUACAACACGCGGUCGGCGGCGGAGGGCAGCGCGUCAUCGCCAUCGUCACCGACGGA